AUGGCUGAUUACCUCUAUGGCGGCUCCGAGGAGGAGAAUGCGGAGCUGAGGAAGAUCGAGGUGGAAUUGACUGAUGAUCCUGAUAACUUCGACACCUGGGAACGAUUCGUUCGCGCCGCAGAGGCCCUCGAAGGCGGAAUCAACCGCAACUCCAACCCCCAGGCCAUCACCACCGUCCGAAAUGUCUACGAUCGUUUCCUCGCCAAAUUCCCCUUGUUGUUCGGAUACUGGAAGAAAUAUGCCGAUCUGGAAUUCUCAAUCACAGGAACGGAGGCGGCAGAUAUGGUCUACGAACGAGGCGUCGCGAGCAUCUCCCCCUCCGUCGAUCUCUGGACGAACUACUGCACCUUCAAAGCCGAAACCUCUCACGACCCUGAUGUGAUCCGAGAACUGUUCGAACGUGGUGUCGCCUGUGUGGGACUGGAUUUCCUGGCACACCCGUUCUGGGACAAGUACAUCGAAUACGAGGAGCGUGUCGAGGCCGUCGACAAGAUCUUUGGCAUCCUCGGUCGCGUCAUCCACAUCCCCAUGCAUCAGUACGCCCGCUACUUCGAACGCUACCGCCAGCUGGCGCAAACACGCCCCGUGGCCGAGCUGGCCUCCCCGGAGAUCCUGUCCCAGUUCCGCGCCGAACUCGACGCCGCCUCGGCGCAGGUGGCCCCCGGCGCCAAGGCCGAGGCCGAGAUCGAGCGCGAUCUGCGCCUGCGCGUCGACGCCCACCACCUCGAGAUCUUCUCGCGCACCCAGACCGAGACCACCAAGCGGUGGACGUACGAGUCGGAGAUCAAGCGCCCCUACUUCCACGUGACCGAGCUCGACGAGGGCCAGCUCGUCAACUGGCGAAAGUACCUCGACUUUGAAGAGUCCGAGGGCCAGUACCCGCGCAUCCAGUUCCUCUACGAGCGCUGUCUGGUCACCUGCGCCCACUACGACGAGUUCUGGCAGCGCUACGCGCGCUGGAUGGCCUCCCAGGCCGACAAGGAGGAGGAGGUCCGGAACAUCUACCAGCGCGCCUGCUGCCUGUACGUCCCCAUCGCGAACCCGGCCAUCCGCCUGCAGUACGCCUACUUCGAGGAGAUGGUGGGCCGCGUGGACGUCGGCAAGGAGAUCCACUCCGCCAUCCUCAUCAACAUGCCCAACCACGUCGACACGAUCGUGUCGCUGGCCAACAUGUCCCGCCGCCAGGGGGGCCUGGAGGCCGCCAUCGAGGUCUACAAGACCCAGUUGGACUCGCCCGAGUCCGACAUGGCCACCAAGGCCGCGCUCGUGGCGGAGUGGGCCCGCCUGCUCUGGAAGAUCAAGGGCUCGCCCGAGGAGGCCCGACAGGUCUACCAGACCAACCAGCAGUACUACCUCGACAGCCAGGCCUUCUGGAGCAGCUACCUCCUGUUCGAGCUGUACCAGCCGACCAGCGAAGCCACCGAGCAGGCGCAGUACGACCGCAUCAAGCAGGUCGUCGAUGACAUCCGCUCCAAGAGCUCACUCCCGCUGGAGGUCGUCAAGGACCUGGUCCAGACCUACAUGGUCUACCUCCUCGAGCGCGGGACCAAGGACGCCGCCAAGGAGUACAUGACGCUGGACCGGGAAGUCCACGGGCCGGCGUCCGUGGCCCACGCCCGGACCGGUGCUGCAGCUCAAGCCGCCCGCGCGGAAGCCCAGGCCGCGACCCCGAUCACCCCUGCCCCGGCGGUCCCGGUGCCGGACCCUGCGACGGCCGCAGCGGCCGGCGGGACCCCGCAGCCCAACCCUUACGCCUACUACCAGCAGCCGGAGCCCGUCAACGGCAGCGUGUCCGCACCGCCGCCGCCGCCGGAAGAUGCACCGCCUGCACCCCCGCCGGUAGAAACCAAGAAGAAGAAGCUCGGGUGGGGGAAGAAGCCGGCGGCCACGCCGUUGAGUGUGGAUGAUUUGGUGAGGAAGAAGAGGGAGGCGGAUGCUGCUGCUGCUAAGCCUAAAUUCCUGUCGCGAGCCCAACGAGAAAAGAUCGCCUUGGAAAAACGCGCCAAAGAGGUCGAGGCGGAUCGCAAGAGCAAGUCCGGAACCCCGUCGAAUGCGAAUGGCUUUGACGACAGCGUGGAGUCUUCUUCGAACUCGUACCCCCGCAAUGGCGAUAGCCGAUCAGUCCCAACCGGACCCCGCGCUAUGCGGAACAGCGACACCCCGUCAGCCCCGGCCGCCAUGCGCCCAACCGAACGAGGAGGCAAAGGCCGAGACAGGAAAGGCGAGAAGCGGGCGGUGGAGGAGGACGAGACUGCUGCACAGGCAGCGCUCGUGAAGCAGCGGUACAUGGGAGCAGACCAGACGUCGAACUUCUCAGCGAAGAAGAAGCGCAAGCGGACGACAGACCGCAAGUUCAACUUCGAGUGGAACGCAGAGGAAGACACCAGCGGCGACUACAACCCGCUGUACCAGCACCGGCACGAAGCCAACUUCUUCGGCCGCGGCCGGCUCGCGGGAUUCAGCGACGACGUGGCGGACUCUCUGACGAAGAAGUACGCGCGGGCACUGGAAGACCGCGAUCGCGAAGCGGGCGGCAUCCGCGCGCGCGAAAUCCUCGAGAUGGAGCGCCGCCGCCGCGAGGACAGCACGCGCAACCAGCUCGACAAGCACUGGAGCGAGAAGAAACUCGAGCACAUGCGCGAGCGCGACUGGCGCAUCUUCAAGGAGGACUUCAACAUCGCGACCAAGGGCGGCGCCGUGCCCAACCCCAUGCGCUCAUGGGACGAAUCCGGCCUGCCCAGCCAGCUCAUGGAGCUCGUCAACCGCGUCGGCUACAAAGAGCCCACCCCCAUCCAGCGCGCGGCCAUCCCCAUCGCGAUGCAAUCGCGCGACCUCAUCGGCGUGGCCGUCACGGGAUCCGGUAAAACAGCCGCCUUCCUCCUCCCCCUCCUCUGCUACAUCGCGGAGCUCCCCAGCAUCCAAGAAUUCGAGUGGCGCAAAAACGACGGGCCCUACGCCAUCGUCCUCGCCCCGACGCGCGAACUCGCCCAGCAGAUCGAAAUCGAAGCCAAGAAAUUCACCCAGCCCCUCGGCUUCAACGUCGUCAGCAUCGUCGGCGGCCACUCCCUCGAAGAACAAGCCUACUCCCUCCGCGACGGCGCCGAAAUCAUCAUCGCCACGCCCGGCCGUCUCGUCGACUGCAUCGAGCGCCGCAUGCUCGUCCUCUCCCAGUGCUGCUACAUCAUCAUGGACGAAGCAGACCGCAUGAUCGACCUCGGCUUCGAAGAACCCGUCAACAAAAUCCUCGACGCCCUCCCCGUAACCAACGAAAAGCCCGACACCGACGAGGCCGAAAACUCCUCCCUCAUGCGCUCCCACCACUACCGCCAAACAAUGAUGUACACAGCCACCAUGCCCACCGCCGUCGAGCGCAUCGCCCGCAAAUACCUCCGCCGCCCCGCAAUCGUCACAAUCGGCUCCGCCGGCGAAGCAGUCGACACCGUCGAGCAGCGCGUCGAGCUCAUCUCCGGCGAAGACAAGCGCAAGAAGCGCCUCGGCGAGAUCCUCGCCUCGCGCGACUUCCGCCCCCCCAUCAUCGUCUUCGUCAACAUCAAACGCAACUGCGAUGCCAUCGCCCGCGAAAUCAAACAGUGGGGAUACUCCUCCGUCACGCUGCACGGCAGCAAAACGCAGGACCAGCGUGAGGCGGCCCUCGCCUCGGUGCGGAGCGGCGCCACAGAUGUCCUCGUUGCGACGGACCUCGCCGGCCGCGGUAUUGAUGUGCCGGAUGUCAGUCUCGUCGUGAACUUCAACAUGGCGACUAGUAUCGAGAGCUACACGCACCGUAUCGGUCGUACGGGUCGUGCGGGCAAGAGCGGUGUCGCGAUUACCUUCUUGGGGAGUGAGGAUUCGGAUGUUAUGUACGACCUCAAACAAAUGCUCAUGAAAUCGCCCAUCUCGCGCGUCCCGGAGGACCUCCGCAAGCAUGAAGCUGCCCAGUCGAAGCCGAAUCGCGGUGGUGGCGGGGGAGGGGGAGGGUUUAGUAAGAAGGAUGAGCCGUUUGGGAAGGGGUGGUGA